GCCGCGGAGCAAAGCGAGCAGAGCCCCGGAGCUGAGCUGUCAGCAGCCGCAGGAGCUUCACUGAGACCAACCAGGAAGGAAGUCCCUCUGAACGGCAGCAUGAACCGCUUCAAGACGUCCAAAUUCAAAAACACGACUCCAAAAAUAUCCAAGAAAGAUGGAUGGAUCCACGGUGUUCGUGCCGGUUCCUUCUCCUGUCAGGGGAACCACAUCAAAGCCAGCUCCAAGCUGGUGGCCUUCAAUGCUGAUCAGGCUGGUGGAGGAAUGCUGGGCGUGUCUUCAGUCAGACCAGGUCCAGACGGCCAGUGGACGGUCACCCAGAUCUCCUGUCAUUCUGAUGUGGUGACUGAUCUGGACUUUUCUCCUUUUGAUGAGAGUCUUCUGGCCACCUGCUCUGGAGAUGAAACGGUGAAGCUGUGGCAUCUGAAUGAUCCGGAGCAGCAGCAGCCCAGUGGUCCGGAGCUGACUCUUCAUCCGGGCCUCGGCCGCCUGGAGCUGCUGCUCUUCCACCCGACCUCCUCCGGCCUGCUGGCCCUCAGCAGCUCCAGGUCUCCUCUGAUCUGGGACACCAGCCGGCAGGAGGCGCCGCUGGCAGCUCUGGAGCAACACGGUGACCUGGUCCAGAGUCUGAGCUGGAAACACGACGGCUCGCUGCUGGCUUCCUCCUGCAAGGACAAGAUGCUGAGAGUGUUUGACCCCAGAGCCCAGCUGACACCUGUCCAGAGCACCAAGAGCCUCCAGAGCAACAAGGAUUCUCGCCUCCUGUGGGUCAAAGACGACCGUUUACUCUCCACCGGCUUCGACAUGAUGCGGAGUCGAGAGGUGAGGCUGUGGGACAGCAGGAAGCUGAACUCUUCGCUCAGCUCCAUGACUCUGGGUUCCUCCAGUGGGAUGACGAUCCCCCUGUUUGAUGACGACACCGGUCUGCUGCUGCUGGCUGGAACUGGAGAUUCCGUCAUCGACUGUUUUGAAAUUUCUUCCUCUGAGCCGUUCCUCUCUCAAGUGAGCCACUGUCUGACGGAUAACUCGACCCGAGGCGUUGCCGUGGUGCCCAAGCUGGCGCUGGACGUCCUGUCCUGUGAGGUGAUGCGAGCCCUGCAGCUGACGGACGACUGCAUCGUUCCCAUCAGCUACCAGGUUCCUCGCAAGCACUCAGGCCAGGAGUUCCAUGAGGACCUCUACCCAGACACAGCAGGAACAUCUCCAGCCAUGUCUGCUGAGGAGUGGUGGCAGGGAGGGAACCAGCAGGUGGAGAAGGUCAGCCUCCAUCCAGACAAACGGCCCAAAGCAAAGACUGGGAAGCCAACAGCUGUGAAGAAGGAAGUGUCCAGUGAAGGGAACAAGGAGGACCAGGCUCGUGGAUGCUCCACCUCCAGCAGUCCUCUCAGCUCGUCCAGCAGCAGCUCCGUCCCGUCCCGGUCGCCCUCCUCCACCUCCGGACUGUCCUCAGGCUUCCUGCCCAGCCCCAGUCCCAGCCAGAGCACCAAGGCCAUCCAGAGUAUGCUGGGACCGUCCUCUAAGUUCCGUCACAUCCAGGGUGCCGUGAUGCACCGCGACACUCACAUCACCAACAUCCGCAGCCUCAACCUGACCACGCCCGGAGAGUGUGACGGCUUCUGUGUGAACCGGCAGCGAGUGGCCGUUCCCCUCGCCAUCUCCGGAGGACAGAUCGCCGUGUUGGAGCGCUCUCAGCCCGGCAGGCUGCCAGACACCGCUCUGCCCACCAUCCAGAACUCUGUCAGCGUGGUCGACUUCUGCUGGGAUCCCUUCGACUCCCACAGACUGGCUGUCGCUGGGGAUGAUGCUAAGAUCCGGGUUUGGCAGGUCCCAGAAGGUGGACUGAAGGAGACUCUGACUGAGCCGGAGCUCAUCUUACAGGGCCACACUGAGAAGAUCUACUCCAUUAAGUUCCACCCUCUGGCCAGUGGCCUCCUGGUGUCUUCAUCCUACGAUCUCUCAGUCCGGCUGUGGAGUCUGGAAAGUGGAGAACAGGUGAAGCUCCUCACUGGACACCAGGACCAGGUCUUUGGGUUGGCUUGGAGCCCUGACGGUCGGCUGCUGGCCACGGUCUGUAAAGACGGGAAGGUUCGCAUCUAUGAUCCUCGCAAGUCCAGCGAACCUGUGCAGGAGGGUCCGGGUCCGGAGGGCCACCGGGGGGCCCGGCUGGUCUGGGUCUGUGACGGCAGCUUUCUGCUGGUGUCAGGAUUCGACAGUCGCAGUGAGAGAGUCCUGUACCUGUUCUCUGCCAACCACCUGUCCUCUGGAGCUGUAAGCAGCACACCUGUGAACAUCUCCCCCUCCACCCUCAUCCCCUACUACGACCCCGACACCAGCAUCGUCAUCCUCACCGGGAAGGGCGACACCAGAGUCUACAUCUACGAGCUGAUCCCUGAAGAGCCCUACUUCAUUGAAUGCAGCAGUUUUAACUCUCCUGAGCCUCACAAGGGUUUGGCCUUCCUGCCCAAGACGGAGUGCAACGUCCGUGAGGUGGAGGUAGCUGUAGCGCUGAUGCUAACUAAGACCAGCAUCGAGCCGGUGGCCUUCAGAGUGCCGAGGGUCAAGAAAGAGUUCUUCCAGGACGACGUCUACUCAGACACGGUGGUCUGGUGGGAACCGGCUCUGACCGCCUCCUCCUGGCUGGCAGGAUCCAAUGGCCAACACAACAAGAUGAGCCUGAAGCCUGAAGACAUGAUGCCAGUGAGUGAAGCUCCCAAAGAGGCUCCGGUGAGGAAGUAUCUGCCGUCGUCUGUCUACCUGGAGGAGAAGACAGAUGAGCAGAAGAAGGAGGAGCUGCUCAGCGCCAUGGUGGCCAAGCUGGGGAACAUGGACGAGCCACUGCCUCAGGACUCCUUCCAGGGCGUGGACGAAGACGAGUGGGAUGACUAAAGACAUCGUUUUGGUGCAAACAUCAGAGACGAAGAGACGUCUGACUCACGCUGCCUCCCAGACAUCGACACACAUCUCAGCUCACUGAAAACACAAAGAUUAACGCACAAUAUUAAUAUCUACAUGAUGCUGGUAACCUUUUGUUAGACCUAGUCCAGCCAGAACAUCUGGAAUAAGUUCCUGCUUUGUGUUGUCAGAAAACAUGUCACAAUAUUCACUUUACUAACACAAGACUCACCUUCAAGAAGAUCCAAUGACAUCAAUCAGUGUUUCUGGUCAUUCAGAGUGAAUUAGCCUGCAGGUAAUCUUAGCAAUAAACCUUCAGCUCAGUGUUAGAAACCAACCUGAACAUGGUCCAGAUGAGAACUUCAGCUUCUCUUGUCUCCCUGGUUUCCUCCUGAAGACCCACUGGGUGUCCUGCGUAUCUUCCUGUCUGCAUGUCACGAUGUUCUGUGGUGAAUUCUGGUGUAAAAAGCUGUUGUUGGUGUGAACUUUUACCUCCACAGUGGGACCACUGCUUGUAUUUUGUACUGACCAGUAAUUUGAGUCACAACGUGUCUUCAGAAAAUCUACCACCAAAACAGAAAACAGACUUUCUGAAUAAGUUAACAGUGAAUUUAUUCAGCUGUUUAAAUAACUCGUCUUCCUGUCGGUUCAGGUAAAACACGGUUACUGUAAAACCCCUCAGAGGAUAACAGGGUCACCAGCCUCAUGUUUGGACAUGACCUGGACUUUCUUAUGACGUUAACUUCAUUCUUUUGUUUGCCAACAUUCGACUAAAAUGCCAUUUGAACUGGAUCAUGUUUGCUGUAUUUGUGCCAGUCAGAUUUAAGUGAAUCUUUUGCCAUCCAGGAAUAAUCUUAGAAGCAGAGAUCAAAAUAUUUUCGUACAUCGAAGCCAAACUGCCUCUUCCUGGACUCUUUGGGAGACUCUGUAGAUGUUUAGAUGAUCCAUUCUUUCUUCUUUUCUUCGACCCUCGCUGGUGUUUGACUGUUUUGGGAUAUUUCUCUCUAAAUGAGCUAAUCUUCUUGUGUAAUUUGAGCUGGUGGUCAGUGAUCAUGGUGUUGAUUAAACGUUCAGUAUUAAUGCUCCUGUCCAGUCUGUGAUUCUAAAGCCGUACCUCUUGGAUUAUUUUGUGUUGAGAAAGAACUUUGUUUUUCUACGGUGUCUUAAACAUUGUUUUGUUUCUGUCUUACCUCAGUAACGGUUUAUGGAUUUCUUCUAUAUUGUCUUUCAAUAAACACUUUUUGAACCAG